AAGUGCGUUUUUCCCAGAAAAUGGUACAAGGAAGAGCUUGAUUGGACUUGUCAUUAUUGUGAUGGUCUAUUAAGUUACUCAGUUCAGUGCGAACUACUUUCUUGUAUGAAUUUGAACGUGGUUUAAUUUAAAUCGAAUCAUUGCCGAUUUGUGCUCGGUUUUAUUCGACAUGGCGAGUGAACAAACGGCGGGCUUAUACCCUCUUCUUAGCUCUCAGAUUCAAGCGAAGUUUUUAGCGUUGCAGCAGACUCAGAAAAUUUAUGAUCAGAAGGAUUCAUGGCGAGUGGAAAUGGAACUCAUUAUCCAGGAACUUUACCCUACUUGUCGCCUUGUUUUGUGCGGUUCUUCAGCAAACGGGUUUGGAAGUAUUGACAGUGAUAUCGACAUGGAUUUGGUGCCAGGCACCGAGACUAGAUUUGUCAGAACUGGCGACAUGUUAAGGAGAAUCGAGUCGCUUUUCACUCGCAAACCUCGUCGUUUUGAAACAGAGGUUAUACCGAAUGCUAACGUUCCCAUAAUCACACUCAACGAUAAGGAGAAGUCUUUUCAAAGUGAUAUCACCGUACAAAACUGGAACAGUGCACGAAACGCCUUCCUUUUAAAGUGCUACUCCGAGUGCGACCCAAGAGUGAAACCACUGGUCAUUGUGAUCAAACUAUGGGCUCAAAAGGCUGCAAUCGUUGGUGCAAAGUUAAAGAGGCUUCCAGGGUUCGCUGUAGUUCUGAUGGUAAUCCACUUCCUCCAAGCCGGGUGUUCCCCACCGGUCGUUCCAGUCCUGCAGAAAGACUUCCCAGAACUCUUCCGCUCGUCGAAUACUGAAGUACUGGACCAGCUGACUGGAGAGAUUCCUAUUCAAGUUAAGGAAUAUAAGUCGGCUAACAAGCAAAGUCUUGGUGAGCUGUUGAUCGCGUUUUUUCGGUAUUAUUCUGAUUUUCAAUGGGCUGACAUCAUUUCUAUUCGUACGGGAACUACUUUGGACAAUAUGAUGUAUUCCAGGGUUUGGCGGGGACCGAAGAUCAGAAUCGAGGACCCCACUGAUACAGCCGGGAAUGUCACCAGAGCUGUGUUCGACGAAUACGAAGCUAGACGCAUUAAAAACGCCUUCAAGCUCGCGUCCAGGAAUUUAAAUGGAAAUGCUUCUUUAGAAAGUAUUCUUUGACAAAAUGACCUCAAGACAAUGAAUCUCGCACCACGGUAUAUAGACAUUACUGAAUUGGACAAUUUCUGUUGAUAUGUGAUUAAAUUAUUUUGGCCGCCUCCCCGGCUAGGAAGACUCAUUACAAGUGGGUUCAAAAUUGUUGACAUAUUAUCGAUCGCCACCCUAAAAAAUUCUGCCCGCCUCCCCCUCCCCGCACCCCAAUCAAUGUUGAAACACGCUUCGUAGGCGAGACCACGUGAUUGCAACAUUGGAAGUACGAGAUUGGGGCGAAGUAUGAGGAAAUAGAAAGUGAAAUAGGACAAAUUACACUUAAAGGGAGAGGAUUUUCUUCCGGCAAUGUCUCCAAUACUUUUUUCCAUGAUUAUAGAUAUUAAUAAACUGGCGCUUCUAUCGAAACGGAAAAGAGAAUUUGAAACAAUUCAAAAUUUGAACGAUCGUGAUCUUUAACAUGUAGGAUCAAAGAAAUUUCUAGACGUGAAACGAUAUAAAUUCAACCUUUUCAUGAAAAUCAGUAUAAAAUAGCCUUAAGAGAAUGACGUCCAAGGCUAGAACAUAUCCUUAUACAUAUACAGAGAAAAUCACCAGACUAUACUGACAUAGGUUUUACGGACCAAUCGAUUCAUUGAAGAAAUUAUCAACUCUACCAAGAAACGGCAAAAUAAUGAAUAAUAAAUUACAAUACUAGUAAAUUCUACAGUAGAAGGUAACGUGUCUCAGAUCUGGAAAAGCCUUCCAGGCUUGCUAUCAAGGGCUUUAAAUCACUCCUAGGAAGAAAACAAGGGAAUGCUUUACUGUGAAUUAAAAUGGAAGUAAAAAGGGAGUCUUUUUAAUCAAUACACAUCACGCUAACAGCAUGUAAUAUACACACCUUAAAAUCACCAUACCUGGUGUAGUAUAAAUAUAUUUUGUAAUUAUUUCGACGUUUCUAACAGGAGCCCUUCUUGAAAACCUCAGAAGGGAUUGUUCAGAGCUCUGCUCUACUCAGCAAUAUAACUCAUUGUACUGUAAGCGUUAUAUUAUUCUCAGGAGCUAAUAAACUAAGAUAAGGUAAUACUUAUCUGCAA